AUGGCUUCCAACCCCACUGCCACCUUGACCUCCCUCCUCCGAGGCUCGACCAUUGAAGACCACGAGGAGGUUCUCAAGGCGGCCAACGCGGUUCUGAAGUCGUCCAAACCCAGUUCCGAUGCUCUACACACCCGCGUUGUAGCGCUGCUCAAGCUCGAUCGAUUCGACGAUGCCCUGCGAGCUCUGGAUGACGGCGGAGACAAACUGGCCGAGCAAUGUGUUCUCGAGAAGGCAUAUGCGCUGUACAAGACUGGGCAGCUCGCUGAAGCUGAAAGACUUGCCAGUGGCGCAAAAAAGAGGGGCUUGAAGCACGUUGCAGCGCAAGUGGCCUACAGAGCAGAGAAGUUUGAGGAUGCUGCCCGGAUAUACCAGGAGCUGAGCUCGCAAUCUGCGGCAAUCGAGGGCGAGGAAAAUGACUUGCGAAUCAAUAGCUCGGCAGCCGAUGCACAGUUGGAGUGGCAGGAUAAUGGUGACAAAGUCGAGCCGGGAAGGAAGAAACCUUCGAGGGAAGACCUGGAAGCUUUUGAGACAUCCUAUAAUGCCGCAUGCGGAUGUAUUGCCAGAGGUGACCUUGGUCCUGGAAGCGUGCUGUUGAAGAGAGCCAGGGAUCUCUGUGAAGCUUUGGACGAAUUGAGUGAUGAAGAGAAAAGGGCUGAGGUCUUGCCAAUUAUGGUUCAACAAGCCUAUGUGUUCACAAAACUAGGAAAGCUGGAAGAGGCCGAAGCUCUACAGAGAAUGAUCAAUACUGCUGACGUUCCGGAGCCUCCUUCGAGGGUCGUAGCGCAGAACAAUGGUUUGGCUGUCUCGGCAAAGCACGACAACCCUUUCAUGACACAACGAAUCUUUGAGUCUGUUCCAAAUCUUUCUCCCACAGAAAAGCUGUUUGGGCAUCAAGCAAGCAUUCUGGAGCGCAACAGAUACAUAAUCGACCUUCAAUCUCAAAAAUACUCUGGAGUUGCAUAUUCCACAGCCUCAAUCAUCUCGAAGUCUCCAUCCCCAACCAUCUCUCCAUAUAUCAGCUCUCUAGCCGUCCUCAAUGCCGCUGGCCAUGCUAAAAUGGGAGUUGGCAAAGCGAGUUUACAAGCAAUUCUACCAAUAUUAGAGAAGCGUCCCAAAGACGUUGGCCUAAUACUCGUCAUCAUCCAACUCUAUAUGAUCACUAACAACCUUGGCCCAGCUAUUAAUCUCCUUGAGUCCCUCUUCAAGCGCUUAGAACAAUCUACGACACCCGCAGACCAAGACGUGCGAUUUGCACCUGGCCUAGUAGCCCUCGCUGUCUCCCUGUACCAGCUUUCGGGUCGCAAAGCACCCAUAAAGACAGAACUGGGGACAGCAGCUUCUCACUGGCGUCGGAAGCCAAAACCAUCAAUCCCACUUCUUCGCGCCGCUGGCACAGCUCUUCUCCAUUCCUCCACUCCAGAAGAUCUCUCCGCGGCCGGCGAGAUCUUCUCCAGUCUUCGGAAACAAGACGCCAGUGACCGCACCGCCAUUGCUGGCUACGUAGCUUCAUACGCCAGAACCAAUCUCGCCAAGGUCACUCCUGAUCUCGAGAAGCUGACUCCAGUGUCCCGUCUCGUGUCCGGCAUCAACGCAGCAGCUCUGGAGGACGCAGGUAUCCCAUCCCUGCCUACCCAGUCCGCGGCGAGCAAGAAACGAGGCGCCGAAACCGAGAAGGAGAAAGCGUUACCGCCAAAGAAACAAAAAAUUCGCAAAUCACACAUGCCGAAGGAUUUCGAGGAGGGGAGGAAAAUGGACCCGGAGCGAUGGCUGCCGUUGAGGGAUCGUAGCAGCUAUCGACCCAAGGGCAAGAAGGGAAAGAAGAAGGCUAUGGAUCUGACUCAGGGUGGUGUUGUGAAGGACGAGGAGAGUCUGGAGCUCGCUGGUGGAGCGGGUACUGUGAGAGUUGAGAAAGCGACUGGCGGGAAGCCAAAGAAGAAAAAGGGAAAAAAGUAA